AUGUUGUCUGGGGUUGUUGGGUUUGCACGGGAGACGCUGACGGACUGGCGUGUGUCAUGGCGCAUGGCGACGCUCGUGUUCGCAGCGGAGAUUGCGCUGCUCUGGGCCAUCAUCCACUUUGUCUCAUAUACGGAGAUUGACUGGAAGGCGUAUAUGGAUGAGGUGGAAGGCUUCUUGAAUGGCACACACGACUACACCCAGCUCAAGGGAGACACGGGCCCACUUGUAUACCCUGCUGGGUUUGUGUACAUCUUUGCAGGGUUAUACCAUGUGACAGGACAAGGAGCUGAUAUCCUGCUGGCACAAUACAUCUUUGCUGGCGUCUACCUGGCCUUCCUCGCGCUUGUCAUGUACCUCUACAUUGCAACGAAGCAACCGCCGUACCUGCUGGCAGUCAUCGCGCUGACGGCGUUCCGGGUGCACUCCAUCUUCGUGCUUCGCCUCUUCAACGAUCCGGUCGCCAUGCUCUUCUUCUAUGCCGCCUGCGCGCUCUUCGUCAAGUACAAGUGGACGGCCGGCUGCGUCCUUUUCAGUCUUGCUGUGUCCAUCAAGAUGAACGUGCUGCUGUUUGCGCCGGGCCUGCUUCUGCUUCUUCUUCUCCACUGCGGCUUCGCCGGCGCAUUCUGGCGAAUCGCUCUCUGCGGCCUCAUUCAGUGUGUUGCGCUUGCCGUCCCGUUUCUGCUGGAGAACCCGAUCGGAUACAUUGUCCGCUCCUUCAACCUUGGCCGCCAGUUCAUGUACGUGUGGACGGUCAACUGGCGCUUUCUUCCGGAAGAAACGUUUCUGGACCGACGAUUUCACGCAGGGCUCCUCCUCCUGCACAUUGCUCUCCUGUCCGCUCUUGCGUACAAGUGGUCAAGGUCAGUUGUGCUCAGUGCUCGCCACAUAUUGGCGCACGAGGUGGUGGCGGUGGUGGUUGCGUGCAUCCUGCUGACGCUGUUCGCCUCCAAUCUCGUUGGGAUGGCUGUUGCCCGCAGCUUGCACUACCAAUUUUACAUCUGGUACUAUCACUCCAUCGCCUGGCUUCUCUGGAACUCAAAGCUGCCAUUCCUACUCAGGUCGUGUGCUGUUCUCGUGGGGAUUGAGUUUGCCUGGAACACCUAUCCGUCCACAGACAUCAGCUCAGCUGUUCUGCACGUGUGCCAUUUCAUCAUGAUCAUUGCUGUGUUCACUGCAACCACACCGACACCACACAAGAUCAAGUCUGCAUAG